CAUUGUAAUAUGAUUCUCAACGAACGAGGAGCUCUAUGGUUAGGAGACUAUGAGUCUGCACUCAACUAAGUAUUGCAAAUAUUUAUCUUUAAGGAGUUCCUUAAAAGCAAAGGGAUACGGACAGUCAUAACAGUAGCAGCAGGAUUGAACUUAAAAUUUGAAGGAAUUGUUCAUCACAAAAUAGAAAUAUUAGAUAUAGAAUUAACCAAUAUAUCUUAAUAUUUUUAAAUUGCCAACGAUUGGAUAGAGAAAGGAUUUAAUAUAGGUGGAGUAUUAAGUAGCACCAAUCUAUUAUAUGUAGCGAAGUUCAUUGCAUGGCAGGUGUCUCCCGAUCUGCAGCUAUAGUAAUUGCCUAUUUAAUAGAGAAGAAAAAAAUGACAUAUUAUUAGGCCUUUACUUUUGUUAAAUCUAAACGACCCCAAAUUAAUCCUAACAAAGGGUUUACAAAUUAAUUAAUGUCAUAUGCUACCAGAACUUCUUACCCUCCAAUCCAAAAAUCGUCAAGAGCCAAUCAUUUUCAAUAGACUUAUUAUGAUUAGUUUGAAAGUAAUUAUUAUGCCCCAGUUAAUCGUAAAAAUUCAGCUGGGCUUAUUUAAUAAAAUACAAAUUUCUAUAAAUCUAUUACUAAGUCGAUGUCAUAAAGUAAAAGUAAAAAUAAAUGA